UUUGACAGAAGGUUUAUGUCAACAGAGUAGUUAUUAGAUUAAUCAGUCCUGAGGUUUAGACACUAAAAUUAAAUUAAAGGAUUGUUGCAAGAAUUAAAGAAUAUGGGCAUCAUUUUUGGAAAGAAAAAGGCUUCAACUAGGAUAACACAACAAGACAAAGCAGUGUUGCAACUCAAACAACAAAGAGACAAGUUGAAACAAUAUCAAAAACGUAUUGAACAAAACUUGGAAAAAGAUAGACUACUAGCCAAAACACUAUUAAAUAAAGGCCAAAGAGAUCGCGCAAAACUAUUAUUAAGAAAGAAAAGAUUCCAAGAACAACUUCUAACAAAGACAGAUGGGCAACUGACCAAUUUGGAACAGUUGACACAUGAUAUAGAAUUUGCUCAAGUUGAAUUGCAAGUUAUAGAAGGUUUGAAAGUAGGUAAUGAAGCCCUUAAAAAAGUCAAUGAUGCACUCAACAUUGAAGACAUUGAAAAAAUAUUGGAUGAAACAAGAGAGGGAAUUGAAAAACAAGAGGAAAUAAAUGCCAUGUUAAGUGGAACUUUGACUGAUGAAGAUGAACAGGCUGUGGAAGAGGAAUUAGCUGAAAUUCUAAGCAAACAAAUGCCAGAAGUUCCUGAAACUAAACUAGAAACUGAAGAAGUUGAGGAAGGUGAAAAAGAAAAGGAAUCACCCAAAAAAGAAAAAGCCAAAGUUAAGGAAGCUGUUGCACUUGAGGCAUAACUAAUAUAUUUUGGAUGCAAAUGUACUAUAAAAAACUACAUGGUUUUAUACUAUAUAUUUAUAUAAUUUUGUGAUAAGUAAUAAAUUUUUACAAAUUUUA